AUGGAGAUCGACGGCGCAGAUUCCCUCGGCAAUUUAGCCCUGAUCGAGAACGACAGAGCCACGAAGAACGACCAUUACGACGCGGGGCAAGGAUCGUCUCCCAAUCGCGAUGGCAGUACCAAUUCAUCACUCUGCCAUACAUCUUCAGCCGUGUCUGUCACUGCUGGAACGUGGACGCUCGCAAGAACCACCAGCGAAGCGGUCGAGUCCUUCUUCGGACUACAUGAAGAAGGUAAUGAAGCCAUCUUCGAAGAUUACCGUGAGCUGGUGGACCGCAAGCACUUCGCCCCAGGGGGGAAGUAUCACUCCAUCGUCAAGCUAUUCAUGCGAUACGAAGGCCAGGAGCCUGACGACCAGCGUCAUGCCAUGGGCACGGGAUGGCUUGUUCGCGAUGACACCCUCGUGACCGCUGGUCACUGUGCCUUUGACUGGAGCCAGAACGAUGGAAAAGGGUUCGGUCGGGCGAUCGAGGUUAAAGCGUACAUUGGCUACAACGGCAAAAGGUCUAUCAAUGACCCCGACGUCCAGUUCCGGCACGGCGUCCAGAUCGUGACUACCGAAGGAUGGCUUCAAUCUGGGCCGACUGAGACCCCAUUGAUCAGUAAGGAUAUCAUUGGCGUAGUGGGAUAUCCCGGUGACAUGCAGAUGGAUGGAGAGUUUGGCGCGCAGAUGUAUGAAGAAUUCAAGACUGUCAAAUGGGAUCGGCGCAAGGCAGCGAACCAGAUGCUGGAGUAUCGCAUCGAUACAUACAAAGGUCAAUCAGGGUCUCCAGUCCUUGUGCAGAACCGGCCUCUGACCUCCAUCGGCGCUCAUGUCUACGGGGGAGCUGGAAACAACUCGGCCAGCCCCAUUGGAGGAGAGUAUGGGAAUCCAUACCAUGAGUACAUUUCCGUUCUCCAGAGACAGUAUCCUAUCCAGACUACUAAAGCCGGCACCAAGUACGUCCGUGUGGGCGGGAACAGCAUGGACAGGAAGUCGGAUGCAGAGGACGGCUUCUGGGACGACCUGAAGGAUGUGCUCAAAGUCGGCGCACCAAUGGUCUCGGGCGCCCUGCAGAUGGUCAGUCCAUUCUUGGGUCCUAUCGGAGAACCGAUUGCCGCUCUAGCUGGCACUGCCAUCUCCAUGGCCGCCAAACGGAGUGUCGAGAGUGGGCUUACUGAUGCCCAUCCGGGUGAAUUUGCUCAGUCUCGGACGGCCGAAGAAGCCAUUCUGUCCGAGGCUGCGCUGCAGGUCUUCUUGCGGGCGGAUGCCGACCCUGCAGAUGUUGAUAUCGUGGCGCCUACGAUCUUACCGGCCAUUUUGCCGGCGGCGUUGCAUCUCUCGCAAGAUAUCUAUACCCAAAAGGGUGCAGAGGCAGAUAGGGAAUCAUUCCAUCCAACAUCGUACGGUCGGCGGGAGCCGAUCCGCCUCCCAAGGGAUUUUCGAGAUGACUCUUUCACGCACUACCUGCUCAAGUCGGUGGAGCGCGAGACGGUGGAUGAGAUCUUCUGGGGCAUGUUGGGUUCAGUGCUGUCGGCUGCCUCCAAGGGGGCGAAUGCCGUUCAAACUGGACUAUCUGUCAUUAGCAAGAUGGUGCCGACGACUGAGGCUGCCUUUGAACAGCCAAUGGACCCGUACCUGAAGCUGAAGGUCUUGGGCUGUCGUGUCCUGCUCGCCGGGGCGACUCUGCAAGUGCUCCGCAAUACGCCACCGGAGCAGCUCGAGACAGAGGACUUCUUCACCCGCAUCCAAUUUAUCGUGCAGAAGAUCGGGCCUGCGGUGAUGAAGUAUGCACCUGUGGUGGUCUCGGCGGUUCGUCCAGUUCUCACGCCUAUUAUUCAGCCUCCAGCAGGGACUACUUCUCUUGCUGCAUCCUCGUCGUCGACCCAGGGCAGCAGAUCUUUCUCGACAGCAGGUCAGUCGACCCUGGAGGUGCCAGGAGGAGGCGUCGGUGGGCUGAAGAAACGACCGAGUCAGACCUUCUUCGACAAGGUGAUGGGCACAGCCAAUGAGUGCAAGCUGCUCCUGCGUGAGCGUGUUUCCGAGAGCCAGGAUGCGACCGAGGCUAGUGGAUCCAAUCAAGAUGGGUUGAUGUGGACCAGUAUGAAUGACGCUUGA